UGGCUAUAAGUUUCUGAGAAACAACCAAAUCUAUGCUUGCUUCAACAUCUUCUUCUUCUGCUGCUGCUGCUGAUAUGAUCAAAGCAAGGACAUAUGAUGUUUUCCUUAGCUUCAGAGGCGAGGAUACUUGUGAUGGUUUCGUGAGUCAUCUGUAUAAAGAUUUGCGUCGGAAGAAUAUCGAAACUUUUAUAGACAGCGAGAAGCUUCCAAGAGGAGAUGAAAUUUCAGAGGCACCGUUAACGGCCAUUGAAGGAGCGAGGGUUUCAGUCAUUGUUUUCUCCAAAGACUACGCUUCUUCCAAAUGGUGCUUGGAUGACCUGGCCAAGAUCAUGGACUGCAACAAAUGUGUUGUUCCUGUUUUUUACGGUGAAGACCCCUCAGAUGUACGGAAACAAAGAGGGAGUGUUGCAGAUGCAUUUGCAAAGCAUGAAGAAAAUUUCAAGCAUGAUGUUGAAAAGGUGAAUUCCUGGAGAAGUGCUUUGACGUCUGCUGCGAAUUUAUCUGGUUGGGAUUCCAAAGAGAUUCGCUAAUUUCACGUCCUUCUCUUUACAUUCAAUCCAUUUUUUUAUCGUAGAAGAAUUAAAACAUGUAUUAAGUGCAGUGGUUCAUCCAUAUUUCCCUAUUCGAGUUAAGGGUGGAUAUUUGACAUGAAGGAUAAUUUUUAAAAUUGUCAUAUCUUAAAAGGUUAUUUUUUAUAUUAGUGCUUGGAUUUUGCAGAAGUUGUAGAUUUAGUUUCUAUACUUUAAUUUGAUCAAUUUUAGUCUUUAUACUUUUCAAAA